UUGGCCCUACACAGGAAGAAUAAAGCAACGGGGUUGUGAGCAACACCUCCGCCCAAGCUGCUUUCAGUCUGGAGUUUGUCUCCCUGGCCCUGUGGGCACAGGCAGCGCUGGCCUGGUGGAGAGACGUGGCUACAGGUGCCAGAGGAAGAGCUAGACAUGGAGGACAGCCCCACUAUGGUUAAAGUGGACCGGGGUGAAAACCAGAUUUCACCGUGUCGAGGGAGAAGGUGCCUCCCCAAGGCACUUGGCUAUAUCACCGGUGAUAUGAAAGAAUAUACCAGCUGGAUUAAAGACAAACCCCAGGUGCUCCAGUUCAUCGACUGGGUUCUUCGUGGCAUAUCCCAAGUGGUGUUUGUCAAUAACCCCAUUAGUGGAAUCCUGAUUCUGGUGGGACUCCUGAUCCAGAGCCCCUGGUUGGCUCUCAAUGGCUAUGUGGCAACAGUGGUCUCCACCAUGACAGCCCUGUUGCUCAGUCAGGACAGGUCAGCAAUUGCAGCGGGGCUCCACGGCUACAACGCCACCCUGGUGGGAAUACUCAUGGCUGUGUUUUCACAGAAGGGAGACUAUUUCUGGUGGCUCCUCUUCCCCGUAUCUGUCAUGUCCAUGACUUGUCCACUUUUCACAAGUGCAUUGAACUCCAUAUUCUGCAAAUGGGACCUCCCUGUCUUCACCCUGCCUUUCAACAUGGUGUUGUCCAUGUACCUUUCGGCCACGGGAUGUUACAGUCCAUUCUUCCCAAGCAUAGUCAUCAAACCUGUAAGCGCCGUUCCCAAUGUCACCUGGCCCGACCUCAGUGGCCUACAGUUAUUGAAAUCCCUGCCUGUGGGUGUUGGUCAGAUAUAUGGUUGUUACAGUCCAUGGACAGGGGGCAUUUUCCUAUUCGCCAUCCUACUCUCCUCCCCCCUCAUGUGUCUGCACGCUGCCAUCGGAUCGUUGCUGGGGAUGAUAGCAGCUCUCAGUAUUUCGGUUCCGUUUGAGGACAUCUACUUUGGACUGUGGGGUUUCAACAGCUCUCUGGCCUGCAUUGCAGUUGGAGGGAUGUUCAUGGCGCUCACCUGGCAAACCCACCUCCUGGCACUCGCCUGCGCCCUGUUCACUGCCUACCUUGGAGGCAGCAUGGCACACCUGAUGGCUGUGGUUGGAUUGCCAGCUUGUACCUGGCCCUUCUGUUUGGCCACACUACUCUUCCUCUUGGUGACCACGAAAAACCCCAACAUCUACAGAAUGCCCCUCAGCAAAGUCACUUAUCCUGAAGAAAAUCGCAUCUUCUACCUACAAGCCAGGAAAAGGAUGGUUGAAAGCCCUCUGUGAGAGCAGCCCCCACCACAGCCAUGGUCACAAGUCAUUUCUGACUACCUGCCCCGGUUGAUUUCCAAGGUCUCGGCACACUGUUGUUUUUCACUAGUAACCACUUUCCUACUGACCCAUCAGCAACCAGCAACGUGUUCUUAUGCUCAUUUUGUAGUUUUCUUUUAAACUUCAGGAACAUCCCUCAACAUGAGACAGACACAUCCAGACGAUGUGCUCUGGCUAUGGAAUUAUGACCCCUCAUGGGGCAUUGGCACUGUAAUAUAUUUAUAAAGCCAAAAUGCUCCAGCAGAAAGAGGAAGUGAGACUAGAGCUAAUUAUUGGUAUUUAUUGAUAUUUUGGGUAUUUGGUUGGUUCAAUGACGUUAACAGUAUUAAAAAUUAAGCUCUAUAAAUCAACUAAGCCUUAAGGGAAUGGAAUUCACGGUCACCAAGUCAAAGUCAACCCAGAAUUCUCAGAGAAGCAGUUUGGCCCGUGAAGAUCAAUGCAAGUCACACGUCACAGCUGUGAUCAACACUGCAGGGGUGCGGGCUGAUCACUGAGCUUGUUCCUGUCCCCUCAGCAGGGUGGCCUCAGUGCUGUCAUCGUGUGGGUGACAAUCACAGGGGACAGCUGGAUUUUUUUCAGGCUGUCAGAGCUGCAUUAGGAGAAAGGAUUUUUGUCAGUCCAAGUUACUCUGUAUUGUUACUGCUCUUGGAGGUUGCAAAGGAUUUUUUAGGUACAGGUUAUUAUCUUGUUCUUCUGAGAAUGGAUUUGUCUUCAAUGAGAUAAAAUAAGAGACGUUCCUGGCUUAACCAGGUCCUAGAUAUUAAAGAAAAUUUACAUUUUUAAAAAAUACUCAGCACAGCUAUUUUUACUUUAAUCCCUAAAUUGAUUUUGUAUAUGCCACAAAUGCAUAGAGUUAAGUCAACAUCCUAGGGCCCUUUAAAGGUACCUUUUCAAUUCAUUUGAUGAUGUCUUAUAUGUUAUAAAGACUGAAAGUUAAGGUCAGAUUGCUUCUGGGUGGUUAGAAGUUUUUGAAUUGCUGACUUUAAAAAAAAUCAUUAUUUUCUGAACAUGCACAAUAUUCUCACUCAGAAACCAAUGGUAUUUGAACCACCAAAAAAUACUAUAGAUAAAGGAUUUUCUUUUAUUUUUAAUUUAAACUUAUCAGUUCUAUAAGGAUUCUAUAACCUAAUGUGCUGAAGAUGCCAGUGGAAAAUUCUGCCCAGCACCUUCCACCUCAUUACGUAUCGAUUCAAUAUCCUGGAGGAUGCAAAAAGUAAAACUGUGGAAUCCUAAAGGUUUUUCCCUCUUUGGGUUUUCAGGGUUCAGUGCAGAAUAUACAGUUUACUGAGUGAAUAAACUUAAAAAGGGAAGUAAACUUACAAAUAUUUUAGGAAGAAGCUCACUUCUUCCUUUUCUCAGGAAAAUAAACAUUGUUCCAAUUUUAAAACCCUAUGACCAAAGCCUUUUGAAACCAUGAACUUGCAGCUGUCAUAGAGGCAUGUGUAUAUUCCUGUGGAAAAACUAAAUCUUCAGUGUUUGAACUGAAAUCUCCCUUGUUAGACAAUUUGUGAAAUAAGAUUUGGGGGAAAACUAAAAAGCAAGCAUAACCAAAGAUAACCAGGCAUGAAGAACCUGGGCGGUGGUUGGGUGAACGAGAGGCCUCUGAAAUGUCUCCAAGUUGUUCUUCAGAAUGAAGUUCUGUAUAAUGUGCUAAUUACAUACCUGCUCCCCUGUGCUCAGACAGACUUGUAAAUAGGAACAUUUUAAAGCCUUGUACAUUGUUUAAUUUAAAUGGUAUUAAUUUUCUCAAGCUAUUUUUGUUACUAAGCAUUGUCCUAAAUUGAGUAUUUUAUAAGUUUUCUUAGGGAGCACUUAAUAUUUUUUUCUAUUGUCUCUAUAACACAUUUCUACAUAAGAAUACAAAUAAAUUAUUCUCACAGCAGA